AAAUUCUUGCCACACCUCAAACCAAAAUUAAGGGGAAAAGAAAGGGAAGAAAGCCACAUAAAUCUGACCAACAGCACAAGCAUCUCAAUUUGAAUCCACAAAGUUUUGGAUAAUGAAAAGAAAUACAUAAUUUUAAUUCAACCCAAGUGUUUUCCAAGCAGAUUAUAUUUGCUUAAAUUGCUACAGUAAUUCAAGGACAGCCCUGUCUGGACACACAGUUACUGUGGAUUUUUAAGAGACUCAGUUAAAGAAUUUAGGAAUAUCUGAUUCAAUUUACAGGAUUUGCAAAUUCAUCAACCCCUGAAAACUAAAGCAAACUCAACAGGACAAAAAAGAACAUGGGCUUUUUAAGUCUAGCAUCUGUCCUUUUCUUCUUUUUUGGAGUCAAAGUAUAUUGCCAAUAUGAAAAUUAUCAAUGGGAUGAAGAUUAUGAUCAAGACCCAGACGAUGUCUACCAACCAGAAUUCCAAUUUAAUCAAAAUGAGGACUUUCAAGUUCCUUUUCAUCAGUAUAUGUUAGGCUGUGCCACUGAAUGCUUCUGUCCACCUGAUUUUCCAUCAUCAAUGUACUGUGACAAUCGCAAACUCAAGACUAUCCCGCGUGUCCCAGCACACAUACAGCAGGUCUACCUUCAAUUCAAUGAAAUUGAGGCUGUGACUGCAGAUUCAUUCAUCAACGCAACUCAUCUUAAAGAAAUCAACCUCAGCCACAAUAAAAUUACAUCUCAAAAGAUUGAUCAUGGUGUGUUUGCUAAGUUGUCAAAUCUAGUACAACUUCAUCUACAGCAUAACAAUUUAGAAGAAUUUCCAUUUCCUCUCCCCAAGUCUUUGGAAAGACUUCUUCUUGGCUACAAUGAGAUCUCCAGAUUGCAGACAAAUGCCAUGGAUGGGCUAAUAAACUUGACAAUGCUUGAUCUCUGUUAUAAUCAUCUCGAGGAUUCCAUGUUACAAGAAAAGAUACUUGCCAAAAUGGAAAAAUUAAUGCAGCUCAACCUAUGUAAUAACAGAUUAGAAUCAAUGCCUCCUGGUCUGCCUUCUUCACUUAUGUAUCUGUCUUUAGAAAAUAAUUCAAUUUCUUCUAUACCAGAAAAUUACUUCAACGAAAUUCCCAAACUUCAGGCUCUACGAAUGUCACACAACAAACUACAAGACAUCCCAUAUAAUAUUUUUAAUCUUUCCAACCUUAUAGAGCUCAAUGUUGGACACAACAAACUGAAGCAAGCAUUCUAUAUUCCAAGAAAUUUACAACACCUCUACCUAGAAAAUAAUGAAAUUGAAAAUAUCAAUAUUACAGUGAUGUGUCCAUCUGUUGACCCACUGCAUUACCACCACUUAACGUACAUUCGUAUGGACCAAAAUAAGCUAAAAGAGCCAAUAAGCUCCUAUGUUUCCCUCUGCUUCCCUCAUAUACACACUAUUUAUUAUGGUGAGCAAAGAAGCACCAAUGGUCAAACAAUACAACUGAAGACCCAAGUUUUCAGGAGAUUUCAGGAUGACGCUGAUAGUGAAGAACAGGAAGAUCACCAAGAAGGUCCAGAACAAGAAGAAACAGAAGAAAACACUGGCCCUCACUAUUACGGAAGUCAAGAAUGGCAAGAACCUAUGUAGGUACACAUUUAUGAUUUUACGCAAUAGUGUUAUUCAGUAUUAAUUUAAGUAAACAUGGAAGGCUCACAGUAAUAUAUCUAGAAUCACGUAUUAGUAUAAGAUCGGACUGAAUUUAAGUUGUUGGUAACAUUUGCAUCAUUACAUAGGAUUCAAACUUACUUAAAAUGAAAAGUCUUUAGAAAUAUAAAUUAGAAUGACAAGUGGGAAUAAAAAACUAAACUUUAAACAUAACAGUACUAUCAAGCUGAGGAAAAAAGGAAGUAUGCCAUCUCUAGUGGUGUUAACUCUUCUAAGAGUGAUGAAAGCAGCAGCAGUAGAAGCCGAGAACUGGAGGAAGACAGGGCUGAGAUGACUGGGCUUCGUUCAUGUAACGGGCAGCCGUCCACUUAGGAGUCAACUAUUUUCUUUGACCUGAUCUCCAGAAAAGCUUUCACACUUGUAUGUGAAAUCUUAUCACCAUGACAUCCACCUCCCUGGCCCUACCACUGAGAGCAACAGAAGAUGCUUCUGAUUUUCAAAAGAGUCCAUUCUACUAAGGAUCCAAGACUUGUAGUUUCAUGAAAUCAACUGGUCUUUGUUUUUCUCUCAGGGCACCAAAGCAGCAAAAUUCUAAAACAUGUAUUUGGAUAACUAAAAAACACCAAAUUGUCUCAUCACAAUCCCUAUUUUACAGAUUUCAGCAAUUGUCCAAAACAAUCUGUCUUCCAUUUUAACUGGGAUAAAUGUUUUUAUAGUAAAUUCGCUAGGGAAAAUUUUUGUUGUUGUUAUAGUUACAUAGAGAUUUGCUUAUAAAUAACUGCUUUGCUCACAAGGUUAACUUAGCACACAAUAAUACACCAGCAUCAUUCACUUGUGUUUUCCUACCGCGAUAGAGUAGAAACCUGUAUGUGCACCAGCGAGUAUUCAUUUAAUUAGUGCUAAAGCUGAAUGGAGUUCCUUUACAAUUUGGGCAAGUUUUAAUACCUUCUUUAAAGCCUUAGAUGCACUUAUUAUUUAAUCGAUCACUUUGCAGUAUUUUAAGUAUGCCUUGUAAUGAAGAUGAUGGUAGUGCUAUGAUGAGCUCUCCUGACUUACCAGCUCUCAUUUCAGAGUUCCUCAGAUAAGGAAUAAAGAGAGAUGGGGCAACCUGCACAAGGAAUCCAAACAAUAAAUGUUGACAAUGUGGAGAACAGGCCAGGACCAGAGAAGUAAAACUUUAUUGUAGGAGUUUUCAAGUGGUGAGCAUUUCACUAGAGAUAAAGUGUAAAAUGAAGCCCCUAGUGCUCUUUAUUUCUUUGAGUAAGUUAUUAGCAGAAACAGAACACCCACCUGUCCGCAAGGAUAAGCUCAACAAUUCAGAAAGAACACAAACAACACUCCAUUCAUUCACUUAGUUAACAGUCAUCAAGGUAUUUGGUGUGUAGGGCUUAGUAAUAAGGGCAAGAAACAGAAUGUAUGUGCACCUGUGACAGCUUCAGAUACAAGGGUGAGGGUAGCAGAGCAAAACAGUAAUGUGUGGACAAAGCACACUUUCAACAGAAGUAAAAAAAAAAAAAUAUUAAGGACCACAUCCCCCUUCAUUGAAAUUCUUAAAAAUAGGCUCAUAAAUUUAAAUAUUAUGAGCUAAUAUUUGGAAAAUAGUAUGGGUGUUUCAGGAGAUAAAAGAGAUACAACUAUUUCUAAACUAAAACAAUUUAAAAUCUAAUGAGAGGCCAUCAGGGAAAGGCUAAUGAAAACCCUAAUAAGAGACCCUUUCGCACUCACUGGGAGGGCAAGAACCAAAGACAGACACAGAACGGAUGUUAUUAGCAAGGACGCAGAGAAAGCAGGAUGCUCCCACACUGCUGGUGGGAUGUCCAAUGGUGCAGCUGUUUUGGAAAGCAGUCUGCAGUUCAAAAUUUAGAUUCACUUCCAAAGCAGCGAUUCUACUCCUAGAUAUACUCAAGAGAACUAAACACAUAUGUUCACACAGAAACAUGUAAACACAUAUUCAGAGCAGCACUAUCCAUUAAGAGCCAAAAAGCGGAAAGCACCCAAUGUCCAGGAGCUGAUGAAUGGAUAAAUAAAAUGUGGUAUUUUAUGUGUCACACACACAA